CGCUAUUGCUCUCUGCCUCCGCCCUCUUCCAGGCUCUGGAGGAGCAGGUCGGGCCCUGAGCUGCCUGCAGCUGGUGGAGAGGGUGCGGCAGCCCUUCGGCUGGGCUCUAGGCCGGGCGGGACCUGUGGUUUCCCGGCCUCCCCAGCACCGUUGAUAACCCCUGAGCUCAGCUGCCUGGCGCACGCUGCCGGCCAUGGCGUCCGCGGUGACUCACUCGCUGCAAACUCCCCUGGAAGCCCUGAAGAAGAUGGCAGGAACACAGCCCUGUGAGGUCAGAGCUGUCAGAAGCCCCUGAGAAGCAGUGUGCAUUGGGAAGGGGCCCGAGACACCAAUGGAAGAACCUGGAGCCAUUUCUGGAGACCCGGGGUCGUUAGACUUGGGCACAGCGGAAGAGGAACCUCCCCCGAGGGAGCCUCAGUGACAUCUGGACCUGAUCAGAUGACGAGAGCCUGAUGUUGAGCUGGUGCCACGGCAGGCUGCAUGAGAGAGCCUCAAAGAGCACUGCUGGCUGAGCCCAGUCGACCUCCCAAGCUGCAGGCGAUGACGACAUAACGGUAACCAUCCUCAUGAUGCACUGCUGUUUCCGGCCCAAAGUCUGGGGUGCUGUUUCACCUAACGAUUGAGGUUGAGAACCACUGCAACUACCGCGAUGGGCAGCAAGACCUUGCCAGCUCCGGUGCCCAUCCACCCAUCCCUGCAGCUCACCAACUACUCUUUCCUCCAGGCGGUUAACGGCCUGCCCACGGUGCCCUCGGACCACCUGCCCAGCCUGUACGGCUUCAGUGCGCUGCAGGCUGUGCACCUGCACCAGUGGACGCUGGGCUACCCGGCCAUGCACGUGCCCCGCUCCUCUUUCUCCAAGGUGCCUGGCGCCGUGUCCAGCCUGGUGGACGCACGCUUCCAGCUGCCCGCCUUUCCCUGGUUCCCUCAGGUCAUCCAGCCCAAGCCCGAGAUCGCCGCUGCAGGCAGUGGCCCAGCACUCAAGAGCAAGCCGCGCUUUGAUUUUGCCAACUUAGCUCUGGCUGCCACACAAGAAGACCCUUCCAAGCUUGUCCGAGGUGAGGGCCCCGGAUCCCCCACAGGUGGGCUGGGUGCCCUCCUGGACGUGACCAAGCUGCCCCCAGAGAAGAAGCCCACCAGGGGACGCCUGCCUUCCAAGACCAAGAAGGAGUUCGUCUGCAAGUUCUGUGGCCGCCACUUCACCAAGUCCUAUAACCUUCUCAUCCAUGAGCGGACCCACACGGACGAGCGGCCCUACACCUGUGACAUCUGCCACAAAGCCUUCCGGAGGCAGGACCACCUGCGGGACCACAGAUAUAUUCACUCCAAAGAGAAGCCUUUCAAAUGCCAAGAGUGCGGAAAAGGAUUCUGCCAGUCCAGGACUCUCGCUGUGCACAAGACGCUACACUCACAGGUGAAGGAGCUCAAAACCCCCAAGAUCAAGUGUUAAACAGCCUGUGGCCCCAGCAGCCGGCUGUGUCCCCAGUUCUCCGGAGAGGCGCGACGAGGAGGGAGCUGGAGGCCGCGCCCCACCCGGGGCCCCGCACCGCGUCUCAAUCUCGGGGUCCCCAGACGCAGCUGCUCUCGGCCGGAAGCGGGACUCUGGAUUAAAAGGAGAACCGGAGCCCCGCGGAGCGCAGGGGCGCCUUUCAGAGACGCAUUACUUUUUCAGUUGUUAUUGUAUACGUUUUCUUCCUUUCCUUUCCUUCGCGCCCUUUGGCCAUCCAAGUGUGUAACUGACUGGAGAGGAGAGCAGCUCAGCGCUCCCGCCCUCCUCCGUCCCCACGCCACCCGAGCCUGCGCAAGUGUAACCCUUGUAUCGGCUUCAGCCGCCGGCCGCCUGGGCCCAGCGCUUCCCGGCCCGGGCGCAGCCUGGGGCGCGCGGUCUGAGCGGGAGCGGGCCCUGCGCCGGGCUCGGUGCCGCUCGCUCCCGGCUCCCACGCGCGCCCCCGCGAGCCGGCCGGCCCGGCGGGCGUUGUACUGCGACUGGCACUUUACGCUGACCAUCGGUAACGGACAUUUAUCACUGGAGUUUUUAACUAUUAAAUAAACGGUAUUUUA